UUGGGUCAUCCCUGUCCUGUGUUCUUCUGUGAUGAUCGUCCACGGCAGGAAGGAAGAGGGGGAAGCGGCGGUGCUCCACUCCACUCCACUCGGGAGUCUGUCCUUUUUUCCUGACUUUUCCCCUGUUAAUUUACACUAAACUCCCGGGCGACUUAUUGUCUCCUUUUUGUUUUACACGGAGAACAUGGCAGUCUUGAAGAUCCAAGACCAGCCGUCUCUGUUGAAAGCCAUCUUCAAUGUGGAUCCUGAGGAAGUUCGUGCCCUCAUAUUCAAGAAAGAAGAUGUCAAUAUUCAGGACAAUGAAAAGCGCACCCCUCUGCACGCCGCAGCCUACCUGGGAGACGCUGAGAUCAUUGAGCUGCUCAUCCUCUCAGGUGCCAGAGUUAAUGCCAAAGAUAACAAGUGGCUAACUCCUCUUCACCGAGCUGUCGCCUCUUGUAGUGAGGAUGCAGUGGCAGUGUUGUUGAAGCACAGUGCUGAUGUCAACGCCCGGGACAAAAACUGGCAGACACCGCUCCAUGUCGCAGCUAGCAAUAAGGCAGUACGUUGUGCAGAGGCACUGGUGCCACUGCUUAGUAACGUCAAUGUGUCUGACAGGGCCGGACGCACUGCCCUGCAUCACGCUGCCUUCAGUGGACACGUAGAGAUGGUGAAGUUGUUACUAUCCAGAGGAGCCAACAUUAAUGCCUUUGAUAAGAAAGACAGGAGAGCCAUCCACUGGGCAGCCUACAUGGGUCACCUGGAGGUUGUGAAGUUAUUGGUGAGCAGUGGGGCUGAGGUGGACUGUAAGGACAAAAAGGCUUACACCCCACUCCACGCAGCCGCCUCCAGUGGCAUGAGCAGCACAGUGCACUACCUGCUUGGCCUCGGAGUCCACGUUAAUGAGAUUAACGCCUAUGGCAACACACCGCUCCACUUGGCCUGUUACAACGGACAGGAUGUGGUGGUCAGUGAACUCAUCGAGGCUGGGGCCAAUGUCAACCAGGUGAACGAGAGGGGGUUUUCUGCUCUGCACUUUGCCUCUUCCUCCCGUCAAGGAGCGCUGUGCCAGGAGCUGCUCUUGGCCCAUGGAGCUCACAUCAACAUGCGGAGUAAGGAUGGAAAGACUCCGCUCCACAUGGCAGCUACCCAUGGCAGGUUCUCCUGCUCUCAGGCGCUCAUUCAGAACGGAGCUGAGAUUGAUUGUGAGGACAAGAGCAGAAACACCGCCCUGCACAUCGCUGCCCGCUAUGGCCAUGAGCUCAUCAUCACAGCACUCAUCAAACACGGAGCCAACAGCGCCAAGAGAGGCAUUCAUGGGAUGUUCCCUCUCCACCUGGCAGCUCUCAGCGGCUUCUCAGAUUGCUGCAAGAAGCUGCUGUCCUCAGGAUUCGACAUAAACACCCCAGAUGACUUUGGAAGGACCUGUCUACAUGCUGCUGCAGCCGGGGGGAACCUGGAGUGUCUGAACCUGCUGUUGAAAAUUGGAACAGACUUUAACAGGAAAGACAACUUUGGAAGGACUCCACUACACUAUGCAUCAGCUAACUGUAACUACCAGUGUGUGUUUGCCUUGGUGGGCUCCGGAGCCAGCAUCAACGAGCUGGACCAAAGAGGAUGCAGUCCUCUGCACUACGCUGCUGCAGCCGACACUGAUGCAAAGUGUGUGGAGUACCUGUUAAGAAACGAUGCUGAUCCUGGAGUGAGAGACAAACAGGGCUACUCUGCAGUACAUUACGCCUCAGCCUACGGACGUACACUCUGCUUAGAGCUGAUGGCCAGUGAGACGCCCCUUGAUGUGUUAAUGGAGACGUCAAGCACAGACAUCUUAUAUGACUCAGACAGUCAUGCUCCGAUCAGUCCACUCCACCUGGCGGCUUAUCAUGGACACUGUGGUGCAUUAGAGGUCCUCUUGUCGUCCCUGCUGGACGUGGACGUCCGCAGCCCAGAGGGACGGACCCCUCUCAGCCUGGCCUGCACUAGGGGUCAUCAGGAGUGUGUUUCCCUGCUGCUGCACCAUGGAGCCUCCCCCAUGACCCGAGACUACACACACAAAAAGACAGCCAUACAUGCUGCAGCUAUGAAUGGCCACCCAGAGUGCCUGCGCCUGCUCAUGAGCAACAGCAACCAACACACAAAUGUGGAUGUUCAAGACACCAACGGACAGACCCCUCUGAUGUUGGCUGUGCUGAAUGGACACACAGAGUGUGUGUACUCUUUGCUCAGCCAAGGAGCCAGUGUGGAGGCCCAGGACCGCUGGGGCAGGACGGCCCUACACCGAGGGGCAGUGACGGGUCAGGAGGAGUGUGUGGAGGCGCUCCUUCAGCGAGGAGCUGGUGUGUGUGUGAGGGACAUCCGGGGCCGUUCUCCUCUUCACCUGGCCUCUGCUUGUGGUCGAGGUGGUGUGUUAAGCGCCCUCCUGCAGGCCGCCAGCAGCGCUCACACACACCUCACAGACAACCAGGGCUACACACCCCUGCACUGGGCCUGUUAUAACGGAUAUGAUGCAUGUGUGGAGAUGUUGUUGGACCAGGAGGCGUUCAGGAGCAUCAAGGGCAACUCCUUCAGCCCGCUGCACUGUGCUGUCAUGAAUGAUAACGAGGGAGUGGCUGAGAUGUUAAUAGACUCCUUGGGUGCAAAUAUCAUCAAUACCACGGACUCCAAAGGCAGGACGCCUCUUCACGCCGCUGCAUUUUCAGACCAUGUGGAGUGUGUUUCGUUGCUGCUGAGCCACGGAGCUCAGGCAAACACCGUUGAUACACACCUGCGCAGGACGCCGCUGAUGAUGGCCGCUCUCAAUGGACAGACUAAUUCUGUGGAGGUGUUGGUGAGCAGCGCCAAAGCAGACCUGACACUACAAGAUAACGGCAGGAACACGGCCUUACAUCUGGCAUGCAGCAAGGGCCAUGAGACGAGUGCCUUGUUGAUUCUGGAGAAGAUCAACGACCGAAACCUCAUCAACUGUACCAAUUCUGCUCUCCAGACACCUCUGCAUGUGGCAGCCAGGAAGGGUUUGACCGUGGUCGUCCAGGAGCUGCUGGUGAAAGGAGCCAGUGUUCUGGCCGUGGACGAGAACGGUUAUACUCCGGCCCUGGCCUGCGCUCCAAACCGUGACGUGGCCGACUGUCUGGCGCUCAUCCUCAACUCCAUGAUGCCCACCUCGCCCAUGGUCACCAUAGCAGCUCUGCCCACCAUGUCCCUUAAUGAGCCAGUGAUCAAGCACCACCCCACGUCCAACCACAUCUCUAAAGGCGUGGCCUUUGACACCCCGCCUCCUCUGAGACCGGACCACAUUUCCUACUGCAGGCCGGAGCGCCCGCUCUCCACUGUCUCUACUGGGGACGAUGAACUCAAUGACUCUGAUUCAGAGACGUACUGAGGACACGCCCCUCUCUUCAGGGCUGCUAUUGGACAGAGCCCAAAAAACGCUGGCAGGUUUUCCAGCCACUCAGGAGCCUUAACAGAACACUGACAAGGGUCUACAAAAAGACAGAGGCAGAAAAUAGAGCCAGUGUGCAGAUUAUUUUUAGGUGAGCCUUUCAAAUCUAAAAAUAACCAUGUGGUAGACCAGAUGUUUAUUUCCUAAAAGGUGCACACCCACAGGGAAACUAUAAAACUACAAAGAGACUAUAAACUACAUUUCUCUCAGACAGCAUCACUGUACGGUCCGUAAAUGACCAGUGUCUUUGUACAUUUUGAGCAAAGUUGCAUUUCUUUUAAAUUAAGCACCUCUUGUUUGCAGAUAUUUUCUGGAGUGGUUUUAAGCCUUUUCACAGUUUUUCCUUUUUACUAUUACUUGAAAAGUAUCUACAGACAGUACUGAAGAGGAGUCCGAAGGCUUUUUGAGCAUGAUUGUCAACAUGGGGGGGGGGGGGGGGGGGGGUUAAAAAUCAAAGGGACAAUCCAAUGGGACCAGGUGAUGAACUGUUUUCCCUAACUCUGCUUUUGAGUUUAAGAUGUUACUUCCAACCACAUUUCAGCUCCUUCGAGAGGAAAUCAUGAUUGAAUCCUAUGAAUUUACGCAGAAUGGAAAUCCUCGGGAGCCAGUCCUGACAGCAGGUGGAUGUAAGAGCCGACGACUGUACGAAUGGUGGACACCCCGAGGACAUUUUAACUUGCAAUGCUGUAACUAUGUGAUGUCUGUGUACUGUACUGGAGACAGGGAAACGUGGCUGACACUGUGUAUACGUGUGAAAGACAGAUGACAGGUGUGUGUGCUUGAGUGUGUGAGUAAGAGACAUUGAUAAAUAUUGCCUUUUUAGGAACAAGCGACUUUCAGGCAGGGGAUGAACGCUACUUGGUGCAAUGUUUGUAAAGACGAAAAUAAUGAAUGAAUAAAGAUAUUUGUUUUUGA